AUGACGGAAAUAUCGCGACGUAUCGAAGACUUAGCAGACGAGCUGAUCAGUGAGAUUCUCUUUUUUCUCGUCCCAGCGGAAGACCGAUCUCCCAGUUCGUCUCCAGUCAAUUCACAUGCCCUUCUGCCCGGACUCAAUGAGCGUCGGGCUCAUAUCUAUGGCGAGAAGACCGAAUUAGACCGAUUUCGACUCGUGUGCAAACGCUUCCUUCGUAUCAGCACUCCGAGAAAAUUUACCAGCUUCCAUCUCCGAUUUUCGCGACGGGGAUUCCGAAGGUUGGAAGAGCUUCUGCACAUGCAGCUGGCCUGUCAUGUGAAACACUUCACGUACAUGGUGCGACCUUUCUACCAAGAAAGCGGUAACCGUCUCUUGAAUAUACAGUCCUCGUCAUUAUCUGGCUGGUCGCAAUUCUCCACCGAUGAUUUACCUGCCGCCGAGACGCAUAGAGCUCGAUUGCAAGAGCAAGUAUACAUCCUCACCGGCAACCACGACCGUGAGCUUCUCAAAAAAGCCCUAAUCGCAUUUUCGUCCCUUCAGGAAGUCAAACUCCUCCGGCUGCAGGACCAGGCAGACGAACAGUUGCUCGACCAUAUACGCGAGCGCUCACUGGAAGGAACAUUAGGUUUGAAUUGGGAGCCAGCUUGUACACGCGCAAUUAACAGCCUGGGAAAAGCACUGCUCGUCUCCAAAUGUACCUCGGUGCGCUUUCUCGGGCCUCAAAUUGACCCGAACGCAGCAUUCAAACUCUUGCAAACUCCGUCUGCCACCCUCUCAGCUAUUGGAGCCCGAAUGGCGUGCCUGGAAGUCACUUUUCAUGCACAAGAGGAUAUGACAAGCCUAAUGCAAGACCUUUCUCGAGUCUUUCACGACUUCUUCUCCGCCGCGAAGAACCUGGAAGCUAUUCACCUCGGUUUCGCAACCGCCGUUCCCCUAGGCUUAUCGCUAGACCAGGUCUUCCACCGCAUCCAGUGGAAGAGGCUGCGCAAGCUCAGCAUCCAAGGCUGGCGAUUAACCUCCCAGGAGAUUGUCGCAAUCAUUCGUCGCCAUCGUCGUCAGCUCCGUGAUGUUCGUAUUGUAAAUGUCACCCUCCGCGACGGAAGCCGCUGGAGUGAUGUUCUCUCUGUCCUCCAUGAUGAAAUGGAUGAGAUAGAGCACAUUGAUUUGCGCGAAAUUGAUUACGUUAGUGGUGAUUGCGUCCAUGGCAUUCAUAGCAGCAGUGGACAUGGUAGCAGCCACGGUGUCAACUAUGGUAAUGGGAACAGUAGCGGUGCCGCAUCCUCGGGGUUUCAUUACCAUCACUUCCUUAACACAGCAGUCAACAUCAAUCACUUGGAGCUGGCUUUCGCAUUGUUGAACCUUCCGCAUCAUGCGUCGAUCCCCGAAGUUAUUAGUAACCUUUCCGUGGAUGAACUCGGCGACAAUGGGAUCCAUGUCACCCAUGAGAAGAGACAAAUAUGGGAGGCAUGGGUCCUGUCUAGCCCACGAAAGAUUGCUCGAAGGAGGGCUUAA